CGUUCAUGGCUUCUUCGUUGAUGAGUCUUUUGAUGUGUCACGCAAGGAGAAAAUGGCUAUUGUCUUACGAUAUAUUGAUAGAAAUGGAUUUGUGAUGGAGCGGCUUCUUGACAUUGUUCAUGUUCAAGAUACUAGUGCUUUAUCUCUAAAGAGGGCAAUUGUUAAUUUACUUGCUCAACAUUCCUUAAGUCUAUCAUAUGUGCGUGGACAAUGUUACGAUGGGGCAAAGCAAUAUGCAAGGUGAGAUCAAUGGCCUUAAAAUGUUGAUUAGGCAAGAAAGUAGAUCGGCCCAUUCCAUUCAUUGUUUUGCUCAUCAACUUCAACUAACUUUUGUUGCGGUCUCGAAAAAAUGUAUUGAAGUGGGAAAACUUGUAGUGUUGGUUUCAAAUAUUUUGAAUGUAUUGGGAUCUUCUUUUAAGCGUAUGGAUGAAUUUCGAGAUUCUCAAAAAGAAAGAAUUCAAGAGGCAUUAGAUUUGGGUGAGCUUACAACCGGUAGUGGCUUGAAUCAAGAACUUGGUCUUUCAAGAGCUUGUGAUACGCGUUGGGGAUCUCAUUUUAAAUCUUUCAACAAUUUUAUUCUUAUGUUUGGCUCUAUUCUUAAUGUUCUUGAAUCACUUGUUCUUGAUGCACGAUUAUUGGAUGAAAGAGCCAAGGCAAUGGGAUAUCUUGAAGCUUGUCGAACAUAUGAGGUUGCGUUCAUGUUGCAUUUGAUGAGUGAUGUUUUAGCAAUCACAAAUGAGCUUAAUAAAUGCUUACAAAAAAAGGAGCAAGAUUUGGCAAAUGCCAUGUUACUUGUUGAAGUAGCAAAAAUAAGGUUGCAAGCAUAUAGGGAUGAAGAAUGGGAUUCUCUUAUUGCUAGGGUGUCUUUGUUUUGUAUCAAGCAUGAAAUUUUGGUACCUAACUUUGAGGAGCCAUAUGUUAGCUCUUUAAGAUCACGAAGGAGACUUGGUGACAAUAAAGUCUCUCAUCAUUAUCGUGUUGAGGUAUUUUGCAAUAUUAUUGAUUGGCAACUUCAAGAACUUAAAGAUCGUUUUGGCGAAGCGACUUCCAUCGAUUUGCUUCAUGGAAUUUCUUGUAUGAAUCCAAUUGACUUGUUUUCAAGUUUUGAUAUCAGGAAAAUAAUGAAAAUGGCUAAAUUAUAUCCUGAUGACUUUAAUGAAUUCAAUAUGGGUUCUCUUGAGAAUCAACUUGCAAGUUACACUAUUGAUGUUCGUGAUGUUGAUGAAAGGUUCUCCAAUCUAAAAGGGCUUUGUGAUCUUUCGAAAAAAUUAGUUCAGACAAAGAAGCAUUCAAAUUAUCCUCUUGUAUUCAACUUAGUGAAACUUGCUUUGCUUCUGCCGGUUGCCACUGCAUCCGUUGAAAGAGCUUUUCAGCAAUGAAGUUUAUCAAGAAUGACUUGCGGAGUCAAAUGAGUGAUGAUUUUUUUAGCGGUUGUUUGGUGCCUUAUCUAGAAAAAGAUGUAUUUGAUAAUGUUUCUAAUGAUGCUAUUAUUAAGACAUUUCAAGAUAUGAAACCUCGUAGAGUACAAUUGUAAAACUCCAUGGUUCUUGCUUGUGU